UCCCCGCCUGGCAGCAGGAGUCCGGGCUGGGGGACGCUGCCUGCGGCUGAGGUAGCGUCGCGCCGCCCGCCCCGUCACCCCGGCCCCCCGAGCCUUUCGCCAGCCCCCCCUCCACCUCCUCCGCGCCCCAAAAUGCAGCGCCGCCUCUGCGCCCUGCUCCUGCUGGCGUCCCAGUGCAUGGGCUCGGCCGCCGGGCUCUUCCCCUUCGGGGAGCCCGACUUCUCCUACAAGCGCUCCAACUGCAAGCCCAUCCCCGCCCCGAUGCUGCUGUGCCGGGGCAUCGAGUACCAGAGCAUGCGGCUGCCCAACCUGCUGGGGCAUGAGACGGUGCAGGAAGUGCUAGAGCAGGCAUCCACCUGGAUCCCUCUGGUGCAGAAGCAGUGCCACCCGGACACCAGGAAGUUCCUCUGCUCCCUCUUUGCCCCCGUCUGCAUCGACGACCUGGACGAGAUCAUCCAGCCCUGCCACUCGCUCUGCGAGGAGGUGAAGGAGAGCUGCGCCCCGGUGAUGUCCGCUUUCGGCUUCCCCUGGCCCGACAUGCUGGACUGCAGCCGCUUCCCCAAGGACAACGACCUCUGCAUCCCGCUGGCCAGCAGUGACCACAUCCUCCCCGUCACCAGGGAAGCACCCAAGGUCUGUGAUGCCUGCAAAAAUAAAAAUGAAGAUGAUAAUGACAUCGUGGAAAACCUCUGCAAAAACGACUUUGCCUUGAAGAUAAAAGUGAAGGAGAUUGCCUACAUCAAUGGGGAUACCAAGAUCACCCCUGAAACAAAGAGCAAAACCAUCUACAAGCUGAAUGGGCUGACAGAAAGAGAUCUGAGGAAGAUAGUGCUCUGGCUCAAAGGUGGCCUCCAGUGUACCUGCGAUGAAAUGAACGACAUCAACGUCCCCUACUUGGUGAUGGGGCAGAAGCAAGCUGGGGAACUCGUGAUUACCUCGCUGAAGCGGUGGCAGAAAGGGCAGCGGGCUUUCAAGCGGUUCUCCCGCAGCAUCCGCAAACUGCAGUGUUAGUGGCUUUGGUUCUGGCUGUCCUCCAGCAGCCACCCCUGUCCCAAGCUCUCUGGGCCUCCAGCUCCUUCCUGCUUUGGCCCCUGUGAGCCUUGAGAUGCCGUGGGCACGAGACACAGUGACCGCUGUCAGAGAGGGGAAGAACCCCUCCGUUUUUGUACAUAGGUUAAAAUGUAAUAAAAAAAAAAAAAAGACUAUUUUUGGGAAGUAUUAAAGUAUCUCGCUUAAAGCUUGGGGUUUUUUUAUGGUUGCAAACGUGACUUUGGUCUGAGGUCUUUCCCUCUUCGUUUCGGUAAUGCAGGUUCAUUUAUAUUGCUGCUUCUCUGUAUGCGUGCAUGUUUGUUGUGCCACAGCAGGAGACGCAGAGAAAGCCAAGCGUGCGGCUGGCCUGUCACCGCGGGCACGGCGCUUCCGCUGAGGUGACACAGCUUCCCAUCGAUAUUAACGCUAUAAAGGUCACAUUACGACUCUUGCAUGUGAUACAUAGGCACCAGUAAGAGUAUAUUAACCAUUCUCACAUUUUAUUUUCAACAAGUCUGAGCCCUUCUCUCUCAGAAAAAAAAAAAAAUAACAAGUUUUGGAGCUGGUUGAUCUGAAUGCAACUUUUUUUUUUAUUAUUUUGCAAAUUAAACCAUCUGUAGCUUAACUGUAAUAUACCUAGUGGUUAAUCUGAAAGAGUUGUAAAAUAUUGCUUUAAUUAACUUUGUAAAUACUCCAGAUAAAUGUUAUAUUCUUGUAUAUAAACUUUACAUCAUAGUUUA